AUGAGCGCGGUGAACAUCACCAACGUGGCGGUGCUGGACAACCCCACCGCCUUCCUCAACCCCUUCCAGUUCGAGAUCUCCUACGAGUGCCUCGUACCCCUCGACNNNGAUCUGGAAUGGAAGCUCACAUAUGUUGGAUCAGCUGAAGAUGAAACUUAUGAUCAGCAACUUGAGAGCGUGCUUGUUGGACCUGUCAAUGUUGGGACCUACCGUUUUGUCUUCCAGGCUGACCCACCGGACCCUUUAAAGAUCCGCGAACAAGACAUCAUUGGUGUCACCGUGCUGCUAUUGACAUGCUCCUACGUGGGUCAGGAGUUCAUGAGGGUGGGUUAUUAUGUGAACAACGAUUACGAUGAGGAGCAGCUGAGAGAAGAGCCCCCAGCAAAGCUAUUGCUUGACAGGGUGCAGAGAAACAUUUUGGCCGACAAGCCCCGUGUCACCAAGUUCCCCAUCAACUUCCACCCUGAACCCGGCACGAGCGCAGAACAGCCGCAGCAGGAUGCAGAACAGCAGCAGCAGCCGACUUCACCGGAACCACAGAAGGCUCCAGUAGAGCCACAGAUGGCGCCACUAGAGAACGUCCACAUUGCUGCCGAGCAAUGA